UCUCUCUCUCUUUUUUUUUUCCUUUCUAACCGGUCAAACCCUAGCUUCUCCCUUCCUCUCCCCUGGCGGCGACGGCCUCAAGCCCGGGAGGCGCACGGGUGGCGGCGUUCGGCGGUUCAGGGAGCGGUGUCCGGCGCCGGAGCUUGCAGCUGAAGAGGCGGUAUCUUGCUGAGGCUACAACAUCGAUUUUCUCCAUCCACUCAUCUCCCAAAACCAAAGAUGGACAACAGAACAAGGUUUAUGAUUUAUGCGUAAAGGGAGGCUCGGUGUGUAGUCAAAAAUUGAAGGAGAGGGAGGGAGAGGGUCACGGGACAGUUUGCAUGGCAUGAUCAUAUUUUGCUAAGGUUCUAUUAGAGUGUCAUUCAAUGGCCCAUUUCAUGGAUUUACGGGCUUUCAUCCUGCGUGCACGUGUUUUAAAGCUUUAUAGGCAGGCCUUGCGCAUGACUCGCCGAGCUCCUGUGCAUGCAUGCGAUGAGUUGAGGCAAACUGUAAGAGCUGAGAUUGAAAAAAAUCGCCGUUGCGACGAUAAACAGAAGAUUAAGUUCUUGAUCAGUGAAGGUCUGCAACGAUUAAAAGGCCUUGAUGAGAUGCUUGACAUGACAGGAAAUAGUUAACCUGAGUUUCAUGUCGGAUAUGAGGUUCAAUUUACACGGAAGCUGGGUUUGCAUGAGCUCCUGCAAAACAUUCAUUGCUCUGUGACCUCCUACACCUGAUAUUUCCAGAACCCAUAAGGCAUCAGGCCACAUGAACUUGUGGCCUCCUGGAUUAGAGUUUGUUAGAACGGACCCAUUCAGAUUCUUUGCCUCGUUCUAUCCAGGGGAUAGGAAAGAUAUCAGGCUCAGAUAUAUUAUCAUGGUAGAUCAUCGAUGGUGUGCGUGCAUAUGGGACGAAAAUGCAGUUACCGAGGCAUCAUGCUUGAUUUUGCACACAUCUAUUCAGUCAAGAUAUGCUAGCGAGCUUUAGAAGCAAUUGGGAUUUCUUUAGAUGCUAUCUUGAGACCCUGAAUUUCCAGGUGUUACAUCUGAGAAAAUAGCAGCUAGAGAUGGAUUAAGCUGAAGAAAGGUAUCUGACUUGUCGUUUAGGUACGUCUGCUUUGAGGCGAUGAUGUUCAACUUUUUCAGACCCGAUGGCUUACUUUUCAUAUUUGAGAUACUGACCUCAUGUUUCAGUCCUGAUGUUCUUACCAUUUCUUCGUUGCAAUUUCUUAGCUGGUAUGAUGAGGUCAUUAAACAUGUACUUUCUUUCCAACUAUUUCAUUAUAUGCCACAAUAAAGAUACUUGGUAAUAUAUGCUGGUCCUGCCGUGCUGGUAUAUAAAAAUAUGCUCCAUGAUCUUAAGCUUUUGUUUUGUUGUGAUCAUAUCAAAUGAAGGGAUACCUGCUAACAUUACUUCCAUUAGGUAACUUAUUAUGUGACAAUCGCUGUUUUUAGUGCUUUCCGGACCCAAUUUGUGGGGAUCUCACUAUCACCAUCGAUUGAGCUGGUGCUCACACUGUUAAUCUACUCUAGAUUUUGGAAUUUUGGAUUAUGUUGUCUUACUUAAAAAUGAAGUGAUUCUCUAAGAAAAAAGACAACCCAUGUGAAGCUGCCUGUAGUACUGAUACAUUGGUACAAAUAAUCACUAUCAAAUGCUUUCAUUCAUUUAGAGAAGGAUCAUCGUCAUAAAGCUAUGUUUGGUUACUAAACAAAGAUUCAUGCAUACAUGAUGCAUACUCCCAAGUCCCAACAACACAACUUGUGUGGUCCAUAUAAUCUUGAUAGGGUUCAUCUGCUCUUGUCCAUGAUGCCUUGGACUCCUUAACGAACCGGGUUCCCUUUUGUUAGGCACCGGUUUUCCUUCCCCUUUUUGAUUUGCUUUGCACCAGCUAUUUGGCGUUCUAUACAUACCAAACUAUUUCCUUUUGUUUGCAACUUGAUCUGAAAUUUGUUUAGACAUGUACAGAUAUUCUGGAUCUAUCAUAAUUUAAACACUUUGAAAUUAAAUUGCCCUUCGUUCCGUCGCUGGCCUGGCGAAUUUUUUUUUAAUACUCUGAAUUUGAACUGAGAGUGAUAGCCUGAUAAGAUUAUCACUACUUACUUCAGUUCAGAUAGUCACAGAAGAAAAUUGCAAGUAGAAAUAAAAUAACAUA